ACAUGCGAAGUUCAUGAAUCCCACAAGGAAACACCCUCGCAUUUAAUUAAAUGAAAUUGCUAGUUUCAACCAAGACGAGCAGCCAAAAGAAGCGCUAUUUAUAUUCGAGCAGAGUUGUGUAUGCACGCCUUUACUGCCUAUCUCUUGCAGUUGGUAGGACUGGACGUUCAGCAACUCUUUCUCCGUACAAGGGACUAACAUGGGCUACAAAGUUCUCAGAGUCAGAAAAAGGGGAAGUUUGCUUAGUCAUCAAUAUAUCUCAUUUGAUGUACGACACAGUUACACCCUAAACAAUGCGUACCGGACCUUUGAGGUGUUGAUUUCCAGGGAGAGCUUUGAAAAAUCUAUUGCUGUCUUUGUGUGUCCGCGUGCCAUUUCAUUUAACCAGAUGAGAUUGCUGAACUGUGCAAACUUUUAUCUGGUGGAAUUUUAUUGCUUACUUUACAACCGAUCAUCAUCUUGAGAUAAUGUUUAACGCAAACCUCUGUCUUCGCUCUGGUGUUAGUUUUGGACACGCGCUUUACUAGUUCAAGGAAUUGCUGAGGUCCGGCCAGCCAGGUUGCGGUCUCGUGCUUUUUUGAAGAAUUUGGACUGAAAAAUAGAAACUGGAUUUAUUUUAAUCGCUUAUCAGCCUUGUUCCUCGUAAUGGGUGUGGGCAAGUGGAUCCUAGGGAUUGGGGGUCUGGUCGUCGUUGUCGUCGUGAUUGCUGUCCCCACUGCGCUCUUUUUAAACGAGGAGGAGACUGUGGUCCAGCGGACGUUCACUCUGGAUGACUAUUUCAACGGUAGCAUCCGAGCAAGGUCCUACAGUCUAAACUGGAUUUCAGACCAACAUUAUCUCCAUAAUGGAAGAGAUGGUAACGUCUACAGAUAUGAUGCAGCAAAUGCACAGAGUGACGGAGAACUGUUCCUGGCCAAGGAUACAUUAAAUCAAUACAAUGGUUAUUUACUGUCGGCAGAUCACCAAUAUGUUGCAUUCAUGAGUAACCGUGCUAAGUUAUGGAGACACUCGUACACAGCGACUUACAACAUCUCUCACAUUAAUACACCAACUGAAUACAGCAAAGACCUCCCUCACAACAUUCAGUACCUGGCAUGGGCUCCCACUGGUAAUGCACUGGCCUACGUGUGGUUGUAUAACGUGUAUGUGAAGACCAGCGCAACCGCUGAGCCCGAUCAGGUCACCUUUGAUGGAAAACACAACCAAAUCCUCAACGGUAUCCCCGACUGGGUCUAUGAAGAGGAGAUGUUCUCCAGCAACUAUGCCUUGUGGUGGUCUCCUGGAGGACAGCGAGUGGCCUAUGCCCAGUUUAAUGAUACUGCCGUCCCUCUCAUCGAGUACUCUUGGUAUGGGUCAGGAGAUUACCCAGGCACAGUCUUCAUUCCCUACCCGAAGCCGGGUGCCAAGAACCCAACGGUUCGCCUGUUUGUUGUCGAUGUGUCCAACACAAGUGUCAUUACAGAGGUUGUUGUCCCAAGUGCUUAUGGAGCAGUUGACCACUACCUGAGCACUGUCACAUGGGUGUCGGACACACGCAUCGCCGUGCAGUGGGAGAAGAGGGUGCAGAGUAACGUUAUCCUUGUGAUCUACGACUGGAAUGGAGACGAAUGGGUAGCAAGUGGUACCCAUGAACAAGUGAUGAAGAAUGGCUGGGUGGCACGGUUUUCUCCACUGGAUCCAGUCUUCACCGCAGAUGGCAACGGUUUCUUCAUCAUAGAGAGUGAUAACACUGACAGCACAGGUUUCAAGCAUAUCCGUCACGUCACAGGUAACAACUGGGGAGAGAAAACCUUUAUCACAAGGGGGAGCUGGGAGGUCGUUGGGAUUUUGAAGGUGACAGCAACACACCUAUUCUUUGUUGGAAACCAGGGACACCCAGGACAGAGAAAUGUUUACAAGAUCACACUAGCCAGCCUAACUGCUGUGUGCCUGACGUGUGAUGUGGACCAGACGAGGUGCAAGUACAACUCAGCCAACAUCAGCCCAGGUGGCACCUAUUACCGCAUGGACUGCUCUGGUCCCGGGCUACCUAUGUACUCCCUAAGGACUGUCAGUGACAACAAAGUAAUCAAGGAACUUGAGCUCAACACUCAGUUGGAUGACAUCCUGAAAGACAUCGCCAUGCCCACCGUCAUCCACGACACUCUGAAGAUCGGCAAAUAUGAUCUGUGGUACCAGAUGACCCUACCUCCUGGCUUUGACAAGAGCAAGAAAUACCCACUGCUCAUCGACGUCUAUGCGGGGCCUUGUAGCCAGAAGUCGGACUUCCGCUUCCGUCUGAGCUGGUCCACCUACCUGGCCAGCACGGAGAAGGUCAUCGUGGCCAGCUUCGACGGCCGCGGCAGCGGUUACCAGGGAGACGAGAUCAUGCACCUCAUCUACAAACGCCUGGGGACCUAUGAGGUGGAGGAUCAGAUCACCGCGGCAAGACGAUUCAUAGACCUUGGCUACGUUGAUAAGGACAGGAUAGCCAUCUGGGGAUGGUCCUACGGUGGCUAUGUGACCUCCAUGGUGCUUGGAGCAGGAAGUGGAGUGUUCAAGUGUGGCAUGGCAGUCGCCCCUGUCUCCGAAUGGAGAUUUUAUGAUUCCAUCUACACAGAGAGGUAUAUGCUGGAGCCCAAAGACAACCAACACUUCUACGCCAAUUCCACAGUAACUGAAAGAGCCAAGAACUUCGCAUCUGUCGAGUACCUCCUCAUCCACGGCACAGCGGAUGACAACGUGCAUUUCCAGCAAGCAGCACAAAUCUCGAAAGCGUUAGUGGAUCAGCAGGUGGACUUUGAAGCCAUGUGGUACACCGAUGAGGACCAUGGGCUGGGAGGCUCCGCCAAUCAUCAUGUCUACACUCACAUGAGCCACUUCCUCAAGAGGUGUUUCGCCUGAUAAGAUUACUACUGCUGCUCUACCACCACCAUUCCAACCUCCACCAUAAGCUUUUUUUCCGCCAUUACGUCAAACUAGUUCCAUUUCAAAGCAAAGUAUGUGUAAAUAACUGCCUCUAUUAGGCAGAAACUCAUGGGAGACAGUGGCGUGUGUGUAUAUUAUAUCUUUCCCACCGGAUGUGCCUUGUACACUUGCUUUGAAUGCAUUGAAUCGAAGGUGUGUGACGUCACAUGGAAAUGGCCCAUCACUGCAAUUUCGUAAUUUUUAAUUCCUCUCUCUGGAUUACCCAACGGCAUUAUCAGUAUAAUUGCCUCAUUGGUUUAACUAGAACAUGAAGAACUGUACAUUGCAGACUACUUUUUUUUAAAGAGUUUUGGUUUUGUUUUAUUCACUGUGGAAGAAAUGCUAUGCAGAGCCAUACUUUUUUUGUUCAUGAGGGUUUAAUUCCUCUGUCUUCUGUUAAUGUGACAUUGGUUUGGAAUAUCUGAAUAGCAAAAUACAAAAAGAUUUUGUUAAAUUAUUUAUUCUAGAUUUCCAGUGUAAUUUGUCAGUGAUUGUCAUUAUUUGCAUUUUUUAAACUAUAGUGUGACUGUGAUAAGACCACAUGGUAUGUAAAUUAUGUGCAGGAAAUAUUUAUUUUUCCAUAUACUGUAUAGGCACUCCACUCCACUAAGUCCUUUACAUGUUGAUAAUAAAAUUAUAA